CCUAUUUACCUAGGCCCAGGGCCGGCCCUGACUGAUAGUAGAAGGAAAAUAUACAUUUUUGAAAUAUACAAAAUAUCAAUUGCAGUCGUUUUUAUUGUUGAUAAUUGUCAACUAAGCUAAAAUUAUCCAUUUAUUCUUAGAGAUACGAUGAAGAUAAAAUUAUAAUAAGCGACGCAAGUAUAGGUCUCAGAAAAGAUGUCGUUUGCGCAACUCAGAAGAUUUCCAAGGCGGCCGAAAAGGGCCGUGUAAACAGGGAUUAAGUGUUUCCGCGUACAAAAUUUUGGAAAUUCCGAACUUCAAAUGAUUUACAAAGAAAAUGUUAGGACAGAUAUUUGCCAUACGAUCAGUGAAACGAAGUAAAGAUAAAGUUGGAGGACAAACGAUGGAACUGAUUUUUUGUUGGCAAUGAAAUCUUUAUAGGUGUAAAUUUAAUAAUACUGAUCAUAAAGUUGUUUAUAAUAAGAACCAAUAAUUUGCAAUGGAUUAUGCAACUGUAAUUGAUCAAGCUGUGAAACAGUUUUAUGCAGAAGGAAAUAAUGAGGUACAUUCAUGGCUUCUUCGGGUUCAAACCUCACCGGAAGCCUGGACUUUUGUUUGGGAGCUUCUUGACUCUUCUAAGUCAAUGGAAGCGCAAUUCUAUGGAGCUACCACGUUACAUGCUAAAAUUUCUAAACAAUGGAACGAAGUACCUAAGAAUGAAUAUCCCGCCCUCCAGGAACGUUUACUUAAUUUUAUGAAACAACCAAACACUCCGAAAAUUGUCCUAUCAAAACUUUGCCAAGCGUUAGCUUGUUUUGUAGCAAACACUACAGCGCUUGAAAAUGAAGGAAAGGAUAAAAAUAUUGUAGACGAAUUAAUGGGAAUGUUAUCGUACGAUUCUUUUCCCAUGUUGGAAUUACUUUUACUCACGCUUUCUGUGUUACCAGCAGAGAUUGAAAGAAGAUACGAAGUAAGGAAACCCAAAUUAUAUGAAUUAUUAUUUAACGGUUGGUGCAAAACAGCCUGGCUUUUGCAACAAGUUUUUUCAAUGUGCAACCCUAAUUCCCAAGAUUGCGAUCAUGAAUUACAUUUGUUGGCUUUGGAAUGUACAUUAUGUUGGCAAAAGGUUGGUCAACUUCCUUUGGAACCGACAGGACUGAUAUAUCCUCAUUUACUGAUAGCUGCAGCUUAUUAUGCACCGAGCAGGGAAUUGUGCGGUGAGGAAACAGUGAAAGGUUGGGAAGUUGUUCAGGAAUGCUUGAACAUAAUAGUGACCCAUUAUGAACUGAAAAAGAGACCGCAAACAUUGUGGGAAUGGGCACAGAGUCUGGUAACGAUGGCAAGACAAUACAGUGGAAAAUACUUCUGUGAGAUUCUCACCGCCAUUGGGGAAGCUCAUAGUAGAAUAUUUCUCCACGCUUUAGUGGAAGGUGAAAAUGAGACACAAAAGUGGACUGCUAAAACCUUAAUCGAAUUACUGUUGGAAUGUUCAGAACAAGAAGGAAGAUAUCCUGUAGACGAAACACGUAGUUGUAUUCCAUUUGGAUUCUGGUUCGCUCUGCAAGAUGAUCUUUCGACCCUCGAUCAGCCAGUCGAGAAUCGCGCUUUACAAACCCUGAAGCCCGUGUACGCGCGGCUAGCUCAGGCAUUGUUAAGAAAAUCCACGCUCCCUUCGUCCCCCAACGAAGCGGGGGAUGCGGAGGAACGCGAAUUGUUCAGGCGCUACAGGCAAGACGUAGCGGACACUUUAGAUUAUUGUUACAGAGUAUUAGGGCAAGAUCUGUUAGUGCUUCUUGGCCAGAGGCUGAGUCAAACGUUAGACAAUUCGGAUAAAUGGACGGACGUGGAAUCAACGUUGCACGCCUUUGAAGCUCUAGCGGACAGCGUUGGUACAGAGGAAUCGCAUUACAUUCCUGCACUGAUGGAUUUGAUCCUUAGUCAUAUUCCGUAUGAUCUAUAUCCAGGAGAGGUAUUGGCAUGUGCAUGCUCGACGAUGGGAGCGUACGCUGAAUGGAUAGGAGAGCAUCCAGAUCCCUGGUUAGAAAGAGUACUGCGAAUUGUAACUUUAGGCUUGACGAGAGGCUCGGUCACUGCGCCGUUUGCCAGCAUGGCCUUGAAAGAUUUAGCAAGAGAGUGCGGACAACAAUUGACGCCUUUCGCGGGCACUGUUCUGAAUACUAUUGAACAAACGCUUCCAAACGUGACACCGGGAUGCGCGGAAGGACUGCGGAUGAUGUACGCGGCUGGUAAAUUAUUAAAUACCUUGCCCACCGUCGACGAGCAAUUGGCUCAUCUCGACGCGACGUUAGGCAUGUGUAUUAUUAAGAUACGAGAAUUAUUGAAGCAACCUUGCUUCGUGGCACGAGGUGCCGUGAUGAAUCAAUUGAAAAUGGUUACCAUGUUCUUCUCCACGUUGGAGGGAUCUAUUGGAAAGGCUGUGUUAGACGGUUUACUGCCAAUAUUUAGUCAAAUCGUUGCUCAUCCCGAAUGGGGCCAAGACAACUUCACGUUAGAAGAGAUGUACAUUUGUGCACAAAAGUCUUUAACGUCCUUGUUACAUCCUGGGGUCGAUGCUAGGCCGCUUCUAACCAUCUUGAGAACUUCCUAUAAAACUUGGCCUCAUCCUGCCGCGUUGGAUCUUCUACGACAGCUUGUGCUGUUGUUCGGUCGAGAUCCGGAUAACGUGAUAGGACCAGUAUUCGCGGAAUUAAGCUCUAUAACGUUGAGCGGCGUGAGAGCUUGCAGAUCCGUUCGCGGCAAUUUAUCCGACUGGGCGGAACUGAUGGAAGCUUACCUUGGAUUGUUAGCCCAAAUUUGUAAAAAGAAUACCGGCAUGUUAUUGAAAAUUCCUGAUCAGAUUCCUGAUAUGUUACAGUGUGGAAUCGACUGUUUAACGCUUCCAGAAACAGGGACAGUUAAAGCAGCUGGAAACUUCCUUACCCAUGCCAUCAUGCAGAGUCCACAUUUGCAAACGUUUAUUCAACCAAUUGGUCAACAACUGGUUUCUGUAAUUUUGCAAUGUAUAGGUGGAGAGGUACCGAGAAACAACCUAGAACCUCAUGCAGAAGUUCUAUUAGCUUUAAAUAAAACCUGCCUGGAAUGGACAGCGCAAUGGCUUCGAAUUGGUUUUGACAAACAUUCGGCAUUAUUUUCAGUUUCGCAGCCGCAAAAGGAAGCCUUUGUACGAAAUGUUUUACGCGAACGAAUUUACAAACGAAUGAGUGACUUGUUGAAAGAUUUCAGCCUUCAGAAUUUAGCCUCGGCAAACAAAUUACAUAUAACGACGUGCAAGCAAUAAGCAAAGGUAACGAAAGGCAAAUAAUAAAGGUCUCUAUUAUGAAAUUUUCUCUGUGUAAUGAAAACACAAUCCGUUCUGUGUAAGAUAUCUUCUCCCGCAAGCGUAAUGUUCAUGUCCUAAGUAAUAGAUAAUUUUAACUAAAAAGAACUUAAUGUAAUAAAAACAUGGAUAAAAGUGAAAGAAGAUAAACAGACUUAUAUUACAUAA